AUGAUCUUUUCUCUAUACCUGCUGCUGCUGUCGGCAGUAUGUGGCAGCAUGGCAGCUUCCCCACAGGUCAUGGAUUGGUCGUCCAAGACAUUCGGCCCAGACGGCCCUUGGCAUGCUGUCAAGUUGACGAUCGGCAGUGAUAAGCAGAAUAUCGCCGUCUAUCCCGGUUCGCGAUUCACAAACACCAUCCUGGCCAAGUCAAUCUGCGACAAUACGACUACCUCCACGACGUGCUACGCAAAUGACGCAGGUUUAUACAAUCCCAAAACAUCGGCAUCGUUGAAAAAUGCGACGGAUAUGCUGCCGUGGUACAGCUAUUGGUUCAAUACGCCGACGGGCCAGAUAUGGAGGAAUGUCGCCGGCGAGAACUAUACACUGUCCACGGGGCGCGUGCUCACGAAUAUCGGCACGACAGUGGUCUACGAUGCAUUCCAGACGUAUCCCAAUGGCAAGAACUAUCCCAUCUCCGUCGGCUCCAUGUCACUGGGACGACCGAGCAAUUAUCAGCAGAAAGGAAACGGCACUCUGUGGUAUAUCAACGGCCAUUUGCAGAAACUGGACGUCAUCUCAUCUUACUCGUACGGAUUGCAUAUCGGAUCGGCGGAGGAGCCGAACAUUCCACCAUCUUUGUAUCUCGGAGGUUUCGACAAGAACCGCGUGUUGGGCGAAGUCAGCAGCCAGCAAUACGUGCCCGCUGGAAGUAAAUACCCCGAGGGAUCGCUCGUGAUUCGACUCCUUGAUAUCGGCAUUGGAGUGGCAUCAGGAGGCUCGCCAUUCGCAUUCACCAGCAAAAAUGGUCUCUGGGCACAGAAUAACUCGGAUGCAACAGAUGUUUAUGUCCACUCGGAAAGACCUUAUAUGUACCUCCCCAAAGCCACCUGCGAUGCCCUCACCUCAGACCUCCCCGUCACCUUCAACGACAGCCUAGGUCUAUACUUCUGGAACACCUCAGACCCGCAAUACAAACGCAUCGUGGCAUCCCCCGCAUACCUCUCCUUCACCUUUGAGAAAAACGCCAACAACCAGCAAAACAUGACCAUCAAAGUCCCCUACUCUCUCAUGAACCUCACCCUCGAAGAGCCUCUAGUGGACAAACCGACUCAAUACUUCCCCUGCUAUCCAGACGAAGAUACCCGACUCCUAGGACGAGCCUUCCUGCAAGCCGCCUUUCUCGGCGUGAACUGGGGCACAGGCACAGGGGACUGGUUCCUCGCGCAGGCACCGGGCCCAGACGUCCUCACCAACCCGUCCGUCACGACCAUCGAAGACAACGAUACCGCCAUCACCGGAUCGGGGAGUUCCUGGGAACAAACGUGGGCUAGCUACUGGACGCCUAUCGGGACGAGCGAGUCCAGUACAAGCACAAGCAGUGGGCUUUCAACCGGUGCAAAGGCGGGUAUUGGUGUUGGAUGUGCCAUUGCGGGUAUCAUUCUCAUCGCGCUCGCGUGGGCAUUUAUCGUCUGGAGAAAACGUGCAGCCGCAAGGAAUAACGUACCGGCUGAAUAUCCACCUGCUUCAACGCAAGAUCCGCCAAAGAUAGCGAAGAAUCCAGUAGAAAUGGAGUCAACGCCUCCGGUGGAGCGAUAUGAGCUGGAUUGA